AACAACGUCAUUUUCUGUUUUCCUGUGUUUACAAGAAUGAAGGGAACUAAAUUGUCAUUGCAAAAUGCAUGGGUUUGGUAGUAAUUUGAACUUGAUUCGUUAUGGAUAAAUGAAAGUCAUGGUGGAUUAACUUUAGUGAAAGUUAUUAUUUAGUUGUGCCAAACUAGAAGGAACAUAGGAGAGAAAAAGUUAACAGCAAAGUGAAAGUGAUUAGUGAAUGUUUGUAGAAUCAUUUUAAUUUUUAUUCCCCAGUUGGCAUGUUAUGCAUAUUGAUUGGAACUCUUAAUUACUAGAGUGAUUUCAAAUGCUUAGUUUUUGUAAUUGAUUACACACUACAGUUUUUAUUGAAUUGGAACUGUUGACUGCCAACAUGGCUAAAGUUUAGCCUAAUAUAAGGAUGUCAUUUUCUGGGACACUUGCAUGAAAUAACUGUUCAUUAACUCUUAAAUAUGUAGCUUGUUUGUUACAUGAAAUAAUAUUGACCAUUACAAAACCAGAUAUUGUUAAGCAUACUCGUAUAGUAUUGUAAAUUUGUGUAUUGUCAAAAUGGGGAACAUCUGUAAAGGGAGUAACCGUGCCGGGCCGAAAUACAGGCUGAUUGUGCCAAACCAUACAUUGGAAGAACAUGUCAAGUCACCACAUCAUCCAAAUAGAAACCAUCGAUCAAAUAGGAUUAAAACCACUAAAUAUUCUAUCAUAACGUUCUUACCAAAAAAUUUAUUUGAACAGUUCCAUAGAUUUGCAAAUUUAUACUUUUUAUUUGUUGUGGCUUUAAACUGGGUACCACAAGUACAGGCAUUUGGGAAGGAAAUAGCUAUGAUACCAAUUGUUUUUGUACUCACCGUAACAGCUGUUAAAGAUGCAUUUGAAGACUUCAGAAGAUAUAAAUCAGAUAAAAAAGUGAAUAGUAGCCAGUGCAGGGUGUUCUGUAAUACUGCUGAUAAACAUGACUUUCACCCGAAAGACUGGUGUGAUAUACAUGUUGGCGAUAUCAUACACUUGUCAUGCAAUGACAUUAUUCCAGCAGAUAUUGUUCUUCUAAAGUCAUCGGAUGAGCAAGGUAUUUGCCAUGUUGAAACAAUGAACCUUGAUGGAGAAACAAAUCUCAAACAGAGACAGGCUGUUACCGGGAUAGAUUAUGAGAACAAUGACUAUAAAGCCUGGAGAUUUAAAUAUACUGUGGAAUGUGAACAGCCAAAUGCAGAAAUAUAUAAAUUCAAUGGAUAUGUGAAAUUAUCGGACAGAGAGGGCGAUAUAGCACCACUUAACCAGAACAAUAUACUGCUGAGGGGUUGUAUAAUGAGAAAUACAGACUAUAUCGAAGGGCUUGUUGUCUAUGCUGGUCAUGAGACAAAGUCGAUGAUGAACAAUCGCAAUCCACGUUACAAGCGCAGCAAGUUGGAAAGGGCCUUGAAUCGUGACGUGAUCUGGUGUGUCAUCAUUCUGCUCUUUCUCUGCUUCUUCUGUGCAGCAGGAAGUGCACUGUGGCUGGGACAGUAUGAAGACAGCACUGCGAUACCAUUUAUCCCAUUCGAGAGUUCCGAACAGUUCAAUCCGUAUUUCCAGGCAUUUAUUGUGUUCUUCACAUAUAUCAUCAUCUUUCAGUCUGUGAUACCUUUACCUCUGUAUGUAUCCCUGGAAAUCAUCAAAAUAUUACAGAUCUACUUCAUUAACCAAGAUCUGCACCUGUACUACGAGCCGACUGACAAAAGGGUUGAAUGUCGUGCGCUCAAUAUCACAGAGGACCUGGGUCAGGUGGAAUAUAUAUUCUCAGAUAAGACUGGUACACUCACUGAAAACCAGAUGGAGUUUAAAUCCUGCACAAUUGGCGGGAAAAAUUACCCACAUGUAGCAGAAUUUGAUGAUGACAUUCAGAGCGAGACAGGAAGCCGCUAUUCUCUUGCCAACGUCAGCAGAAACAGCUCCGAAGGAACAAGGAAAAUAGGAUAUCAGAAAGCGAUAAUGGAAAACCUCAAAUUGGAGACGGAGAUCCAACGAGAGUUGUCAAGUAUGUGCCUGCGAAGUGUGGGGAGCAUUGAUGUGUCUCUGUCUGUGGCUAGCCACAAGAAUCAAGUCCAGGAAUUCUUCCUGCUCAUGGCAAUUUGUAAUACAGUUGUUGUCUCCCUUCAUCCUCAUGAAGACAUUAUGGACAACGAAGGAAAUAUUGCCAGUAGUACAAACAACCUUCAGGUACCAAGCAUAGCACCGAAAGUAAAUCUAAACCAGAACCAGUCAGAAAAUCAAGUUCCUACCGAAAAAUAUACAAAAAUACCUGAUAACCCACCAGGGAAAAAACUUCCUCCCUUAAAUUCAGAUGGGUCAACCCCAAGGAAUGGUAAAUCAAAUCUGUUGCCACCCAUUCAACAAAAUAACCUUGAUAGAGAUAAAUUUCCUCGUUAUACACAGAGGCUCGAAUAUAUGCCAAAAAUAUCAACUCCAACUGGAAGUGUGGCUGGGAGUAUUGCAGGGUCAUCAAUACGAUCCGACAUGUCUCGUACACGAUACGAGGCAGAGAGUCCUGAUGAGUUGGCACUUGUUCGAGCAGCUAGUACUUAUAACUGCUGUCUGAAAGGGAGAACGGCAAACACAGUCACAGUUUGGCUACCAGGUGAAGGCGAAGUAGAGCUGAAAGUUUUACAUGUGUUAUCCUUCGACUCAACAAGGAAGCGCAUGUCUGUGAUAGUAAAACAUCCACUCACCAAAGAAACCAUCUUGUAUACCAAGGGAGCUGACUCUGCUGUCCUUAGUGUACUUGCCAAGAAGUAUAAAGAAGAUGAAGAGUUCAUAAAGAUGAGAAGAAACACAGAAGAACAUAUUCUGGCAUAUGCUAUGCAGGGACUCAGAACUUUAUGUAUGGCAAAAAAGACAAUAUCUAAGGCAGAUUAUGAGAAGUGGGCAAAACGUCACUUAGAGGCUGAAUCAGCUCUUGAUGAUAGAGAGGAAAAACUGUUGGCAUCAGCUUGUAGUAUAGAGUCUGAGCUUGAACUGCUGGGUGCAACAGGUAUAGAAGACAAGCUGCAGGAAGGUGUACCAGAAACAAUCCACAAUUUACGUAUGGCUGGGAUAAAGGUGUGGGUACUGACUGGAGAUAAACAGGAGACAGCAAUACAGAUAGCUUACUCCUCACAGCUCUUCAACCAGGACCAGCAGCUGAUUGUUGUCAACGCAGAUAACAAAGAGGCAACAUGCGACCUGAUGAAACAUCAUCUUGAAGAGAUUAUGCUUGAAGAGAAAACGCCUCGGGAAACCGAGUCGAGUCCUCCAACAAAAAAGAAAGAAUAUGGUCUGGUUAUUGAUGGUAAAACACUGGCAUUUGCACUGGAGAAGGACAUGGAGAAGUUGUUUCUAGUUUUGGCGGGAAAAUGUAACUCUGUUAUCUGUUGCCGAUCUAGUCCAAUACAAAAGGGUAUGGUAGUGCAUUUAGCCCGCGAGGAGCUCAAAGUGCUGACAUUAGCUAUAGGUGAUGGUGCCAACGAUGUGGCCAUGAUACAGAUGGCUGACGUUGGUAUUGGUAUUUCUGGUCAGGAAGGCAUGCAGGCGGUCAUGGCAUCUGAUUUUGCAAUUGCACGUUUCCAAUUUCUGGAACGUAUGUUACUUGUGCAUGGACACUGGUGCUAUAGUCGUGUGGCAAGAUUCUCUGUUUUCAUGUUCUACAAAAGUUUGAUAUCCACAAUGGUUUUGUUUUGGUUUAACUUGUACAGUGGUUACAGUGGUUCAACUCACAUUGACAGUUUGUUCCUGAUGGGGCAUCACGUCUUCUUUACAGCAUUUCCUCCAAUUGUUAAUGGCAUAAUGGAUAAAGAUCUCGUACCAGAAACGCUUCUAGCAUUUCCGACCUUGUAUAAAGUCGGUCCGGAAGGAAGGACGUAUACAAGAUUAUCGUUUCUCAUAGUGUUUUUAGACUCCAUCUAUCAAAGUGUUUGUGUGCACUUUAUAUGUUAUUUUGGUUAUUUUGAUGGUGUUGGUAUUUGGGAGUUUGGUACAACAAUGAUGGUCUCCCUUGUUUUGUCUAUACUCUUUCAUCAAGCUAUAGAAACAUAUAGAUGGAUGUGGCCGCAGUGGUUGACGCUGAUUCUCAGUUUUGUGGUGUUCUGGUUGUUUGGCAUUGUAAUAGACUCAUUUUUCAUGACAUUUGAUCACCCAAUGACACCAUAUUGGGUUAUGCAGAACACAAUCUCAAAACCUAUCCAUGCUUGCAUUGUGUUAGUGUCUGUGGUGGCAGCUUUGUUACCAAGAAUAAUUGUGCGCUCAGUACAGAUGACUGUGUUCCCUGAUGAGAUCAUGCAGGCUCAAUAUUAUGAGAAAUUGAAAGAAGAGGAGCAGGAGGAGACUGCACCAAACUCGCGCGUAGCUAGUCCCGACUCAGGUUAUGAGAAUCGUAAAGAUUCUAAAGACUCAGGUUAUGAUAAUAAAGCGUUAGAUAUGAAAAAUGACACGCAAGAGGAAAAUAGUUUGCCAGAGGUGGCUUACAGAAACGGCCGUGUACGUCACCGGCAGAAUAGUAAUCAGAGGACGGCUGAACCGCAGAUUGCAGAGUCGGCCACCUGACGGUGAGCCUGUACACGAGUUGUGAUAGAGGGAAACUACAAAGCUAAAUGUGAACCAAGAACAGUCUAAGACGCCAUUUUCCUCAGGGGAAAAAAAUCUGUUUACAGAUGAAGCGAUGACAGUCUCUGUUUAUAGUAACGCUGGUCUUUGUUGGCCAUAGAAUAUCAGUAUGUUGGUACAUACAUUUUGUAGAAUUGUUAACAUCAGUGAUAAAUGUAACUGUAUUUUUUUUUUAUCUAAAAGCAAUUUAUUUAUUACACUGCAUUUUGGUGCAGAACUAACACAAAUUUUAGGAUCAUGUAAAAUUUUGAACAGAUAGGUAUAAAUCUGUAUUCACCUCUGUGAUACCAGCAUGAGAAAAUAGGGACCAUUAACUUACUGUUAUGAAAAAAUAAAGCACAUGAUGAAAUAGGCAAAGCUUCUUGAGGGUAUAGUUAUUUCUUACGUAAAUUAAAUAAAAAGAAAUAAGAAUGUGCACCUAGGAAACAUACGAGGAACUUUUUAAGGACUACUUUUGAAGCAGUCAUACAGAAUGUUGCUAAAUUUUAAAUUUUCAUUGAUAAAUAGAAAUAUCAGCACUUGUUUGAAGAAUUUGUCUGACAUUUCUGCUGCAACAGGGUGGCAUUUAUUUAGAAAUCUGAAGCAAAUCAGUGUAGGAAACAUACAAUUAUAAUUCGCUUGAUUACAAUAUACAAGACUAGUUUUAUGAGUCUUAUAUGCGAAAGAAUAUUACUUUUAGUUAGUUUAUAAUCAUGGUUAUAGGUUUUCUGUUUCUUUUUUCUUUUCUUAAAAAGUAAGAACUGCUGAGUGAAGCAAAAUCAAAACUACCCAUGAAUGAAUGCUUUUUUUAUCAAGAAAAGGUUUAUUUUAAAAUUAUCCUUUCUUGGUUUGUUCCCAUCCUAAGCAAGAAAAACUGACUGGUGCAUUUUUAUUGCAGGGUAAUUUGUUCUUAUAUUUUAUUUAAUAGGCAGUAUAAAAGCAGCGUCAUAGCAUUCAUUGACGGGCUCUAAAAGUGUCUUUUUAAAUACCUAUUGCAAGUUUCAUUCAGUUGUCAGUAUGUUUGAAAUAAGAAUAUUGCUGUAGCAAGAACCACAUUAAUGAAACCUAUGAAAAUGUACUUUUUUUUUCAACAAAGUCUUAAAGUUUGAUUCACUUGUUAGUACAAAAAAUCAUUACAUAAGUAUUAUAUUGGAUAUUUGGCUGUGUUGGACAUCAAUCUAAGUAAAAAAAAAUCGAGAUUUUCAUCUUACAGUAGACAAAAAAUGGUCAUAUUGUGGAUUGAAAUUUUAAGGAGGUUGUAAUACUGUCACCAGUUUUGCUGAAAUUUUAUACAAAUUGUUGAAAGUGUUGUUUUUACUUAAAUAGUAUGAUGAAGAAAACUAACCAAGUUUAUAGAGAUUUUAUCGAAUACAUUCCAGUAGAUAUGUAGAUAUUUUAUUAAUGUUCUUAAGAUUCAAAUGAGAUCUGUUUUUUUUUUAAAAACAGUGCACCUUUUUAAAUAUGCAAUAUCUAUAUUUUUCCUAUCCAUAGAUAAUAGUAGUUUGUAAGUUAUCUAUAUUAUAUUUUAGAAUUAAGGAAAUCCAUGUAUUCACUGAAACUAUUUUUGUGUAAAAAUAUUAUGCAGUUUAGAUGUUGUUGAUCACAAUGGCUGUCUCCUCACAAUUUUUAUACGCAAGCAAGAGGUAACAUUGGGGUGUAGGGGUUACACAGUAAAGAAUUAUCGGGGUUUUAGAACACUAAACACUUCUAAUUAAAAUUUUGUAUUUUGAAAUAUCGUAUUGAAGAAUAUAUUAUUUGGCUUGCCAUAAAUAUCAAAAUUCCGUGGUAUGUAAGCAUACCAUAUUAAUUAUGAUAAAAAUAGUAUAAGGCCUAAAAAAAAUGUUGUUUGUUUCUGGUAUCCCGACCUACCCUAAAAAUUUGCCGCAGCCCUAAAUGCUUUUAUGGUGUUGGAAAAAAAAAAUCAGUAUUUUCACCAUUUUUUUUAUACUUUUAGCUUUGUGUUGCUCUUUCUUCAUUGUAAAAAAAAAUUCCUACCUACCUACCUACCCUAUUUUUUUAUUUUUUUUGCUUGGGGUGGGGAGGGGUGGGCAAUAUGUUUUUAGGCCAAAUAUAAAAACUUAUUUGUUUCAAUGUCCUCAAAUUACUGGGGAUAUUUUUUUCUACUGAAUACUUAGAAAAUAUUUCAGGAUUGCAUAAUACAAUUAGUUUUAUGUUAAAUGAUAAGGUUCCUUAUCAUUUGAUAUGUUUGUUGAUUUACAAAUGUUGAAUAUUACACACACAGGCAAAAUACUGAUGAGAAGUGUUACAUAGACACAGGGGCUUGAUACUGAUUUUUGGUUACUAAAUUGGCUGUUAUAUCUAUUUGGUUGUGAAGUUUCUCUCUACGAGUCGACUUGUGUACAGGGUUUAUUGCACACCCAAGCUGUCUUUCAGAUGAGGUGCUUGUGUACAUAAAAAAUGCAUAAUGUAUCUAACAUUACAGUGAAGCCCUUUUGGAAAGAAACUGCUAGGAAGUUUUUGACUGAUAAGUUUUAAGUUUAUUUGUUUAAGGUAUUUGACCCAUGAUGAAGUUCUCCAAAUUUCUGUACAAAUGAUUUAUUCACAUAGUAACAAGGGUUGAGUGCAAUACUACUGUAACUCCUUCUUUAUUUAAUAGGAGUUAUGGCAUUAUUGCGCUCAACCUUCAUUUAUUAUGCUAUUACAGCAUUAAUGUAGUUAAUGUAGGUGAAUUUAAUGAAGCACAGGGCUCUGUUACAUUCGUAGAAUGCUGAAAUCUCAUACUAUUUAGAGGAGUAUAAAAUUGAACUGAAAAUUUUGAUUGUCAUUUAUGUGUCAACUACCUUAAUAAAACCAUGUUGGUUUGUUACAAAUGGUUUCACUGUAACAGUUAUGUAAAAAAAAAAAUUGGCAUAUCUAAUCAGAAAAAAAUCACUUUGUUUGUAAAAAAUAUGUAUAGCUUGUCAAAAUUGAUAAUUAACUUGCAUGUGAAAAUAAUUGAACAUUUCAAAUAUGAUUUUGUGGAUUUGUAAAUUGAUUCUUGAUGUGUACAUUGUAUUCAGAUGUCAAAGAUAGCAAUUGCAAAGCUUUUUUACCCCAACAUAUGUAACCUAUAAACCCCUGGCUUCACCCCUUUGCUUGACCCCUGCUGUCUUACUCUUUCGUUUGGCAACUUAUACAUAUCCUAUAAAAUACCUAGCCACACCAUUUUGUAAGACCUCUGCUUUUGAUAAAUUAUCCACUUUUUAAAUAUUUUACUAUUGAAAUACUUAUCAUGUCAUGGAUCGUCAAAACCAUGUAGUUUACACUAUAAGCUUCAUUGCCCAGUAAAAAACGAUAAUUUAUAUAUACACUUCAUUGCCUGACAAAACCAUGUAAUUUACACCAUACCCUACAUUGUCUGCUCAAACAGUCACAGUGUAACUUUCAGCAUGUGCUUCAUUGCCCGGCAAAACCAUGUUAUUUACAUCACUUUCUUCUGUCUCUGAUAUUUGUAUAUCAUUUGCCACUACUGUACAUAAUUGCUUAGAACCCUAACUUUGUAAUAUAUUGCCAUAAAUUACAUAUAACUGUUGUUUCUGUCUCUUUGAUAAUCAGUACCCUUUGCUUACAUAAAUCACAAACACUUAAAUUUGAGUUUUCAGCUAUGAGUAUGCUAAAAUCAAAACAAUCAAACAUGCUGUAUGAAUUCGAAACUGAAAUUCUUCCUGUAUACUGAAACUAUCUGACCAGUUUUUUGUUGUUUUUUUUAUGCAGUUUAUUAUAUUUCUAUGAAUUUUACAGCGUGUUUUACAGAAAAGAAACAUAUACAGAUUGUAUAGCUGGUAACACAUUCUGUGUUCGAGUUACUUCAUAUAUUAACAACUUGAAGAAAAGUAACAAAAAUUAAACAGCAUGAAUAGUUUUGAAGAAUGGUUUCCAUUUAGGGAAGGAUUAUUGAAGUUUAAUUUAUGAAAUCCAGAUAAAUCUCGAUGCCAUAUAUUAUGCAAGAGAAAAAAAAAGUUUUACAUUUGAGGAGAUAAUAUACUGGUAAAAUAGGUUUACCAUUUGUUUCUGUACACUAUUUGCUGUAAAAAAAAUCAAACACUUUGCUAUUUGUAUACCUGUAUAGAGUAUUAUAUAAAAAUUUCACAUUUUCUUGGUGUUUAGGGUAUCAGUCUUUAAGCUUGGCAACAUGUUCACUUUAGCUGCUACAAUGCAGAUUCUAUGCACAUUUUAUACUUUUUUCUAUAGCAUGUAACUUUUAUGCUUACAUCACUCCAUACACUUUGGGGGAAAAAAACUUACAUCACUGUUAUGGCGCAUUUUUUUAAAUUUUGCCUACAACAGAUUUUUUUCUGUGCUAUGUUUUGUUAAAUUCAAAAUUGUUGUACAAUGUUAUCUACUUACUGUGAUAAAUUUAUAUAGAAUUCAUGUAGACAUGCUUAGUUCAUCAUUUAGGCUAGCUGUAAUGUAGAUAUAAUUUGUCACUUCAGUUAAAAAAAAAUGGGAUAACUGCACUAACAUAAAAAAGCAGUUUCCCACUAUUUUUUAGCUGAAAUGACAUAUACAUAUAUGUGUCAAAUGCUUUCAUCACCAUGUUAAUUUAAUGUACAGUUUUAAAUGAGUUGGAUUAUAUUUAUAACUUCAGCUCUGUGCUUAAUGAUGUAAAAUGGUCAUAAGACAAGUAUUUUUGAAAACGUUCAACCAUAUUUUCAACCAAGGAAUUUGGGCUUCAAAUUAGUCUUUGAAAAACCUGACAAGGAUUUUAAGUAAUUUUUAAAACUUAGGCAAAGAAUUGGGUAUAAAAUGCCUUCUUUUUGCUCUAAGUAAAUGAAAAUAUGAGAACUAAGUCUCAAAAUAUAUUGAUACAUAAGGAGCUAAAGAAAAAGCAGUGUAAAUAUGUUUUAUGGUAAUUUGAUGUUUUUUAAGAUAAUUAUGUACCUUGACCAUUUAACCAUGUACAUUUCCAAGUAUCAUUUUCCUUUCAAAACCAUUUUUCCCUGCAGUCAUAUAUGCUGUGUUUUGCAGCUUUAAAAAUCAAACAAUUGUAUUUAUAAACCACUUUAUUUUUUCAGCAACAUUCCAACCAUGACUUUGUAACAAUCAAAAAUUGUUGAAAUACUGUUAAAUCAUUGAAUUUUGUGGGCAUCUAAUAUUUGGUUUUUGGUGAAAAGUGGGUUUUUCUUUACAAGACAUUGUUAAUUUCAGACUCUCAUUUGGGAUUUAGAUUCUUGCAUUAAUGAAACCACAAAAUCCACAAAUUUUAGUCGACCACAAAUUUUAAUGAUUUCACUAAACUGUGAUGUUGAAAAGUGUACUUAAUUUACAGUAAUUGUCAGUAAAGGUUUGUAUGUAGAAGUGUUAAAAUUUUGUAUGUUUUGGUUUUGUUUUCACUGUUCUGGAAUUAAGCCAUUCCUUGGCAAGAAAUGAUUUCAUCAUAACAUUAUACAAUUAGAUACCAAUUACUAGAGGUAAGCAGUGGGAUAAUUAACCAAAAUGCAUGAAUCAUACAAGGUGUCAAGUGAUCUGAACAUUUAGAAUGUAAGGAUGCACAGGGUGAUCUUGGUCUGUAUUGGCCACAAAGGCAGAAUCGAUUGCCACCAGUUGGCUAAAGGUUAAGUUACCUAAAGCAAAUAUUUCUUGUUUACACUGUAAAUACUAUUCAGACUCACAGUGGAAGAAGCUUCUUUGGAGCCAAGAAGGUUUUAAACUACCAAAAUUAACAACCAGUAGUUGUUUGUAAAUACCAACAUACAUAUUUUUUCUGUUGUAUAUUCUCUCCUGUGCCUUGUUUUAUAUACUUUUGUUUGAAAAAGAUGGACACCAAACUUAUAUUUCACUGAUUGUAUAAUCUAGUGCAGAUUUUAACCACCAGAAAUUAAUUUGAAUAAACCAUGCUUAUCGUUAUGCAGUUGAAACUCAGAUGGUAUGUCAAAAUUGCUUACCAUAUCUUGAAAUUCUGACUACCUCAAAGAAAUUUUCAAUUGUAUCAUCUUUAAGUCGAAUUUGGUUAUCUCUUAGUAAACUGCUCAGGCCCUUGGUAUUUAAGAUACCAAGUUCCAACAGUGUUAAAAAAAACCUUCAUUUUGAAUCAAAGCCUUUUUCAUGGUUAUAUUUAAACUGAUGUUAUUUAACUUGUAUGCGUCACAAUUUUAUUUUAGUACCUUAAAAACUGUUGUAGUACUCGUAGAAAUUGUAAGAUUAUGUUACUUUCAUUAUCAGUGUAUAUAAAAACCAUCUUCUAUUUAUGAUGCAUAAUGAUGUAAUGUAUUUUUUGUUUUGCUGAAAACAAUGAUUUUACUUGUACCAGAUUUUUGGACCAUAGUGUUUGUGUGGAAGAGGUAAUAUUGUAUAGAUUUAGAAUUUAGAAUACGUGCAGUGUAAUAAAUGGCACUUUUAUCUCAGAUAUGUGCUCUCUGAUGCAAUUUUCAAUCAUCAAUCAUCAGAUUCAUCAGUUUUAGAGAAUAUAUGUGAACGGAUGCGAAGCACUGAAUGAUUCUCUUAUAAGAUACAAGUCCCCGUCUUAAAUGGGAAUUUGGUUAUUGGAAAUCCUACUUUAUUUAAGUACUGUAGAUCGUAUAAUUUUGGCGUCACCUUUAUCUUCCAAUUUUAGAGACGACAGCAUGUUGUUAAGAAUAAGUACUUCAAAGUUGAUUAUACUUUUGGAAAUACAGCUGUUGAAUAUUUAGUGUGUCUUUGUUCGCAAAUUUUAAUGAAAAAAAAGAAAAAGAAAUAUUAAUGAAAUUAAAGCCAUCACGAAAAACUGUCACAACUAUAAAUGAAAAUAUAAUGGAGGAAUAUGUUAAAGAAAAUAAAACUAUCACAAAUUUUACCCAGACUACAGUAUAUUAAUAGUGAUAGGUUACCCAGUAUUUAUUGAAUGGAAAACCGCUUUAGAUUUCUUAUUUUUGUUACAAUUUUGUAAGUAUUGACUGUUUAUAAAUGGAUACAACUCAGCUAUGAAAAUGUCAGAUCAAAAGUGUUACUUUUAUAUUGGGGAUAAUAUUGUAGUAUAAUGUAGUAUUAAAGUCAGUAUUUUUCAAAGGAGUUUUUUCUUCAUAUCUAUGCCUAAUUUUCAUUGAACCAUAUCAGAAAAAUAGCAUUUAAUAUAUAUCUACUAGUUUUGAUAUUUUUUUAAUGAAUCUGUAUAAAUUAUAAGUUGGUAUACUAAAAAGGUCUAUAGAAAAACAUGUAUAUGAGUAAUUGUAAUGCAAUACUUUGAUUUGUAGUUCAAGAGACAUAUCCAAAAUGCAAAACAGAAAUAUUAAGCGUUUGCUUGAUAUUCCUGAAAUUUGAAAGGAAAACCAACAACGUAAAUUCAUUUGGACAUGGAAGUCUGCAUACAGUUAACAUAAAGGUAGUGGACCUGUGGCAAUCGUAAUUUUCUGUGAGAUUACGUAUUCCUGGCAUUUCGGCAUUCUUCAGAUAUUGUACCUUUUAUGAGCACCUGACAUCCUGUAACUACCGGUGAAUGCCAAAAUCACAUACCGAGUACAUAAUUGAAUGGGAAUUUCUGAUUGUCUUUAUGGGUUCAUUGUCUUAAGGAGAUGAUACAUGCCCUUAUUAUAAUUAUGCAGUUGCUCCAAAUCAUACAGGGUCCUACAAUAAAAUUUCUUGACUCUUUGGUAUGUUUAUUGUCAAAAUGACCAUUUAAAAUUAUGAAGAGCUUAAGAAAUUGAUAUGUAGUUUCCAAUAUGUGGAGUAUAUGUUUUAUCAUUAACUGAAUUUUAAGUGAAAUUCUUGCAAACAUGUAAUAUGGCUUUUGCAUGUUGUUGUAGGGGUUUAAAAAGUUUGGAUUAAGUGAUAUCUUGUAGUCCCAGUGAUUGUAAUUAUGCAAUUGUGAAUUUAUGUAAUAUACAUGUUUAUAUUAUAAAUAUGCUAUUUUAUGAUUAUUUUUGUUAUUGUGUGCUUCUUUAAGAAAAAGAGUAUUUAUACAUAACACAUGUGUUAUAAGGUGAGAGUUUAAACAGUUUCUGUACUUCUUGUUUCCCCAAGAAAUUUUGUACUUUCACACCCACAGCCCAAGGUUUAAUCAUGAAAGAAUGGAAACUGUUGGAAUAAGACCUUAAACCACGAUUGUAAAAUUGAAUUUGGAGACCAGUCUAUAAACUCGGGCAUCUGAUUGGUUGAUUCUGAGAAUGAAUUUGAAAUUGACCAAUGGCAUGGUUGCAUUCUGAGACUGGUCUCCAAACUUAUUUUUAUAACCUUGGUGUCCAGUUAGAAUAGUAAACUCAAACCCUUCCAUUUAGCUGUGAAAAUAUGUUCAGUUCAAAGAAAUAUAUCCAAAUGGUAUUGCUACCUGCUAUGAAGACUGGGGAAAAUGAUUUAAAUUAUGCAUGGACAUGGAGAAAAUGCUGGUUGCAGAUUAGUUUUAUAUCGUUUUACUUACAUCAUAGCACACAACAAAAUGCUUCACUCUCAGAAGCAGGCAUUAUAUCAUCUCCAACCAUUUUCCAAAAAUUUCUGAGUUUAAAGAUUAUAUAUGGUAGGCAACUUCAUCACUGUGGUAAAAUCAAAUUGAUGCUGGAGAUUUCUUGUGUUGUCUCUGUAUAAAGUUUCAUGGUUUUAAAGUUUCAUACUUUAAUGUGUUUUUAAAUUGUAAUCAAUCUAACCAGUCUAGAUUUUGGAUGAUACAGAACUGUUUAAACUCACACAAGCUGUUUUGUUAUUACAAUCUUGAUGACAUUGUUUAACCUCUUUACUGUCAUGCAUUGAAAAUUAAACAUAUCAGACACAAA